CAUGCACAUUUUAAAUACUUUGGACGAAAAUCACGUUAUAUAUUAAUGCAUGUAAAACUGCUAUUCACCUAUAUUUGAUUAAAUAUUUGUUAAUGAUUCUGAUAGCAAUAGAUUUGAAGUUGUUCAUUGUGAACACAUUUUAAGAAUAAAACAUACAUAUAGUCAAAUGAAAAUGGUAGACAUUUCAUAUAACCUACAACUGAUUCGCGAUAAAAUAAUAGCUGCAUCUGCAAAAAGAACUGUGGAGUACAAAUAUUUCGAACCCCAACUUGUUGCAGUUGGAAAAUUUCAUUCAAGUGAAGCAAUAGUGAAAGCUUACGAGGCUGGACAAAGAAACUUUGGGGAAAAUUAUGUUAAUGAAUUGUCAGAUAAAGCCAACAGUAUUGAAAUACUAGAGAAAUGCAAGGAAAUACAAUGGCAUUUUAUUGGUCACUUACAAAAAAGCAAUGUCAACAAAUUAUUGAAAGUACCUAAUCUUCAUAUGAUUGAAACAGUUGAUUCAGAAAAAAUUGCAACAGCCAUCGAUAGCUCCUGGCCAAAAUUUAGAUACAAUGAUUCCAGGUUGAAAAUAAUGGUUCAAAUUAAUACUAGCAAAGAAGAGGCCAAAAGUGGAUGUGAAAUUGAAAAUGCAACAUCAUUAGUGAAAUACAUCUUAGAAAAAUGUCCUAACUUAGAAUUUUUGGGAUUAAUGACCAUUGGUCAGUAUGGAUACGAUAUAUCCAAAGGACCAAAUCCAGAUUUCUUAAAAUUAAAUGAAUGUAAAGCAAAAGUUUGUCAAGAGUUACAGCUUAAUACUAAGACUGUUCAGUUGUCAAUGGGAAUGUCAACAGACUAUGAACAUGCUAUUGAGUUGGGUAGUGCAUGGGUAAGAGUAGGAACUGCUAUAUUUGGCGAAAGACCACAAAAGGCAUAGACAAAAUCAAAGGUAUAAAAAAAUACAAUAAAUUGUUACAAAAUAAAUUAUUACUAAGGAAAUGAAACAAAUGGUGUUAAUCCUGCAUAAGAAGCAUUUAGUUGAUUUGCUAUGGAUAAUAUCAUUCCCUAGAUAAUUGUAAAACGUUGAAAAACAAAUAUGUGUUUCAACUACUGUUUUAUUGUUUAUGUAUAAAUUGUUUUGUGAAAUAUAUUUUUGU